AUGGCCGAACUGACGGCAGCCCCGGUGCUGUCGACACCGGCAGAAAACCUGUUUGAGGCGGCCGAGCCGCUGCCCGACUUUGCGACGCUGCCCCGCCGAAGCGACGACGAGCUGCGGGAAGUCUACGAGAUCAGCCGGACGGCACGCGAGAUCCAUGCGGCCAAGCGGCGGCGGAUAGCCCUACAGUUUCCGGACACGAUGCUGGGCGACGCGCCGCGGGUGGUUGGGCUGCUGGGCGGGGAGCUUGCGGCAGUGCAGCGUAGCGAAGACGAGCAAGACGAGAAAGAGGAAGCCAAAAUCUACAUCCUGGCCGACACGUCCUACAGUGCAUGCUGCGUUGACGAGGUGGCAGCUGAGCACGCUGACGCUGACGUGGUGGUGCACUACGGGCGGUCGUGUCUGUCGCCGACGUCGCGGCUGCCGGUGAUCUACGUCUUCACGCGCCAUCCGCUGGAUGAGGCGCAAGUGGUGGCCGCAUUUGUGCGCGAGUUUCCGGAUCCGGCAGACGCUCGUCCAGUCAUCUUGAUGGCCGACGUGACGUACCAGGAUCACGUGCCGGCCGUGUACGCCGACCUGCAACGCCGGGGCUAUGCACACGUGCUCUCGACAGCCGUGGUGCACAACCCAGUCGGCAGCCUGCCCAACCGGACGAUGAUUGAUGCGGACGGCCAGACGGUGGCUGACGAGGCUGUCCAGCUGCAGGACUGCGCCGUCUUCCACGUCUCGGCGCCGCCGACGUCGCUCCUGCUCGCGCUCGCCGCCAAGGUGCAGGCCUUUUUCGUCUAUCCGACCGAGAUGGACGGGUUGUCGGACGUGCUCUCGCCGGCGACACGCGGCAUGCUCGGGCGGCGGUACGCCAAGGUGCUCCGAAUGGCGACGGCCGGCGUGAUCGGCAUCCUCGUCAACACACUCUCGGUCAGCAACUACCUCGCGGCCGUGGACACGCUGCGGCGGCGCAUAGCUGCGGCCGGCAAGAAGAGCUACAUGGUGGUGGUGGGCAAGCUUAACCCGGUCAAGCUGGCCAACUUUGCCGAGAUUGACGGCUGGGUCGUCGUGGGCUGCUGGGAGAGCAGCUUGCUGGAGGACGACGCCGGCUUCUACCAGCCGGUCGUCACGCCCUUUGAGCUGGAGAUGGCUCUGACGAGCGACGAGGAACGCGUCUGGGGGCUGAAGUGGUGGGGAGGCCUUGAGGGGCUCAGCAGCGUGCCGGAGGCGGAAAAGAAGGGCGAGGGCGAGGGCGAGGGCGAGGACGAGACAGAGAGAAAGGACGGCUCAGACGACGAGUCUGAGUCGGAAGUGCCCCAGUUCGAUUUGCGCACCGGCCGACUAGUCACCACCAGCCGACCUAUGCGCAAGUCGGCCAGGACACGGAAGAAGACGAACAAGACAGAAAGCAGUGCCGAUACGGCCGUUCUGUCGGGGGCGCUGGCGCUCCGCGGAAAGGCUGAGCUGGCCACCAUCAACGGCGUGGUCAGCCCGGGCGCUGAGUUUCUCCGGUCGCAGCGGACGUGGCAGGGCCUUGGAACCGACUACAACGACGAGGAGGAGGAGCCGAGUACGCUGAUCGAGGAGGGCCGAAGCGGCAUCGCACGGGGAUAUACCCCGAAAUUCCAAGCGCCACAGCUGGAAGCACCGACGUGGCGUGUUCUUGCCAAAGACGACGAAAAGCUGGAAGACUCGACGACGAGAGCACCGAUGGUGGACGGCAAAGCAGACAAGACAGCAGCGGCAGCCAGCAGCGGUGCAGCAGUGCGCGGGGCGUCGUUGUUGAUCGUGCUGCAGAUUGCGGCGCGGGCGGCCACGUUUGUCGCCAACCAGCUGCUGCUGCGAUAUCUGACAGCGCAGCUGCUGGGUGUCGCCACGCAGCUUGAGGUCUACUAUCUCAGCGUCUUAUUUUUUGCGCGGGAGAGCUUGCGGGUAGCGAUCCAGCGGCAGGGUGGCAGAGGGGAGGAGAAAGAGAAAAAGGGCCAGCCUGGAGACGACAGACCGAAAGGACAACGGUCGACGACAGCAAUGGCCUCCCAGAGCGCCGUCAAUCUGGCCUAUGUCUCGAUCCUGCUCGGUGCUGCUGUGGCGCUGCUGCUCGGCUGGCUCUACCGCGCCAGCACGGCCAGCUCGGCCGUUGCCGACACGCCGUUUCUGGCGCCGGCGCUCUACCUCUACGGCGUGGCCGCCGUGCUGGAGCUGCUGUCGGAGCCGGCAUUUGUGGUGUUGCAGCUGCGGCUGCGCUUUGGCGCCCGUGCAGCUGCCGAGUCCGUCGGCACGGCGCUGCGCUGUGUCGUGACGCUGGGCACGGCCGUGGUGGCGGCACGAGGCGGCGACAUCGACGUCGGCGUGCUCCCGUUUGCGCUGGGCCAGCUGGCCUACGCAUUGGGACUGCUGGCCGUGUAUGGGUGGCAGGGUGCGUCGCUGGCCCGCCAGGACGGCUUCUCGCUGCUGCCACGCUGGCUGGAGAGAGGGAGAGGCGAGCGAGAGGAGACCAAGGAAACCAACGCGACCAGAGGGAGAAAACAGUCAAACACCGUCCUCUCCCUCUUUGACCGCUCGACACUUCGGCUCGCCUCCAGCAUGACGGCCCAGAGCUUGGUCAAGCACGUGCUCACACAGGGCGACACCUUUCUCGUCAGCGUCCUGUCGACUCCCACGGCUCAGGGCGUCUAUGCGCUGGCUAACAACUACGGUGGCCUGGCCGCACGGCUGCUCUUUCAGCCGGUCGAGGAGAGCAGCCGGAACUACUUCAGUCGCUUGUUGGCAGGGGACGAGAAAACGGACAAGAAAGAGAACGCUGCCUCUCCGACCCCUCCAAACAUUCUCCAGGCCAGCCACGAUCUCCAGACGCUGCUGCGCAUCUACUCCCUCUUUUCCGUCGUCGUUACCGCCCUCGGCCCCACGGCCGCCGCGCCCUUUCUUGCUCUCGUCACCGGCCCUCGUUGGGCCGGCUCUGGUGCUGCCGCCACGCUGGCUGCCUACAUGUGGUACCUGCCGCUGCUGGCGGCCAACGGCGUGGCCGAGGCGUUUGUCGCGUCCGUGGCUGCUGAGGCUGACGUGCAUCGCCAGUCCGCCUGGAUGGGUGUUUUCUCGCUCAUAUUUGCCGCUGCCGGCUUCGUGUGUUUGCGCGUGCUCGACGCCGGCGCUGCCGGACUCGUCGCCGCCAACGCCGUCAACAUGGCCUGCCGCAUCGUCUGGUGCGCCGUCUUUAUUCGGCGCUAUUUUGUCGCCCGUCACGUGACAUUCUCGCUUACCAAAGCCUUUCUGCCGCGCCCAGGCACUGUUGCUGCUGGCGCUGUUGCCAGCAUGGCUGUCCGCCGCCUUGUGCUGUCGCCGGCCGACGCUGUCGGCGCUGGCGCCAUCACGCAGAUCCUGCAGCUCGCCAGGAUCGCCGCCGUGGGCCUGCCACUCGUCGUCGCAGUGUGA